AUGUGGGUUGCUGCUAAAAGGGGUCACAUUGAAUUUCUCGAAGCUUUGCUAGAUAGCCAUGGUAUGAGCUCCCGGUUGAGGGAGUCACAUUACGCCGAGCUUGUUGCCACGGCCGUGUUGAAAAACCAAAUUCAUGUUGUCCGGAUGCUCCUCGCGAGGGACGUUGACCCAUGGUGCGCUGGAGACAGAGCUGGCAUCCUUCUAAGCGGGAUUAUCCGAUGGGGAAGUCCCGAGCUCUUUGAAUUACUACUCUUAGACUUCAAGCAGCGAAGCCCUCUCCCCACUAUUGCACAAUGGACGGAUGCUUAUAAGGCACUGAAGUAUGCACAGGAUAGCGAAGAUAUUACGCGGCUAUUGCUCACGGCUGGCAUAGAUGUUAAUCGCGCACAGCCAGGGUCUGGUGGAGUGGCAAUAUGGCGACCCCUAUAUUAUUGUGGUCAUCCAGGACCAGCUCGGCUUCUACUAGAAGCGGGCGCAGACCCGAAUAUCGACAACAACGACAAAUGGGGGCCACUGGCAAGUGUGGUGGAUAACUUUCGGCCUACCAUUACUUUCAAAAUCCCUUCUCAGAAACAAAAGGGCCGUCGCAUGGAAAUGAUCCAACUACUUUUUGAGUAUGGAGCGGACCCGCAACGAGCCGGAGGGGGUUGGGCCUUGCAUGGGGCACUAAGGGACCUGGACUUUAGUUCGGCUACCUUUCUUGCGGACAAAGGUGCGAGAACAAUUCUCUGA